AUUUUAGAUGUACAGUACUUUUGAAGUAAUUGAGUAGGAAAUAAAGGAGACCUUUCUUUUCAGGGGUGCACAAUAUUUCCUAAAGCUUCUUCACAGCUAUCAGCUCCAGUUCACUCCUUGCACUCAGGGCUUUGUUUUCAAAAGAUACAGGAUUAAGAAAAUAACGUUUCUUCCCAAUAACUGGCAAAGGCUACCAAAGCAAAAUUGAGGUUAGUAGCAAAGCAAGCAAGUCUUCAUACUUGUUACUUUUCACAAGCACACUUCUGACUAAAGAGAAAAGAAUGGGGUCAGCUACAUAUAAGCUGUGUCUCUUGCAUCCUAUUUACGUUGCAGAAGAAAACAAAUGCCAUAAAUUAAGAGUCCAGCUCUUCCUGUCCAUGCUUCUGUCACCUUCCUCUCGUGCCUGCCCCGCCUCCUUGUAAACGGGGCUGGAAAGAAACUUCAAAAGAAAUGCUGGCAGCCUUGCUCAACCCUCCUCUCCAAAAUCAACACAACAGGAAAACCAACAGCUACUUCCAUCACUGACCGCGCUACACAGCCAGUCGUAAGCAUCACUAAACAGAUGAAACUAAACCCGCAGCAGCUGGCCUCGAGCACGACAAAAGGAGAGGGAAUAUCUUUUCGCUGAGCCCCGCAGCGGCAGAGCGGCACUUUUCCGCGUGACGCCGCUCCUCCCAGCCGCAGCAGGCAGCUCACCGCCACCCGCACGCGUUUUCCAGAGAGCACAGAACCACCCGGCCGCCCAACUACCGACGCACGGCGGCAAAGCCAUUUCCCCCCGCUUCUCCCUCUCUUCCUACCGGCAUUUCACAACGCCGCCGCAGAGACAGCAACAGCAGCCGUACGGCAGCCAAACGACUCCGGAAGCUUAACGGUACGCGUUCCCCGGCUCCUUGAAAAAGGGAAGACCGGAAGUUCGGGGACCGCGCCCACGGAAUUGGAGCAAGCCGAAUUCCGCCACGCCGCCGGACUCCUUCGAAAGCCGCCGAGGGCUCACCGGCUUUAAGAGGCGCGCAGCAGCAGCAAGCCGCGUUUCGAGGAGGCGACUCCGUGCCCGCCCUCCUGCGCUUCCGCCGGCUUCGACUCCCCGCCCGCCCGACUCCGGCAGCCCCUCGUCCAUAACUUAAACUUGAGCCUGGAAAGAGAUGAUGAGAAAGAUGUCUUGAUGUGUUUAGUUGACAACAGUGAGCACAAACAUGAGAUCCAUGCCUGCUGGAUUGAUCUGGAAGCACAGACCUGGAUGAUGGGAAGAUUUCCAAAGGCAUUUUUCCAGCAUUUUGGGGGACUUCUGGCCUCAGAGCGUAUGCUCUGUGGCCUCUCUGCGGUGCUGAGAGGCUGCCCUCCUGCAACGGUGACAGCAGCGGCUCCACCCCCAGUAACCUGGGUGGGGACAGAGAAGGAGCCCCUCCGCACCGGCGAAGAUGAGGAGAGCGAGGAAGAGGAGAGAGAGGACCUGGCUGAGAGUUCACUGCUUAACAAGCUGCUCCACACCUCGCUGGUAGAGAACAGCCACCACGUGGAGGUGCUGCAGCAGGACCCCUCCUCUCCGCUCUUCUCCAUCAGAACCUUCGAGGAGCUGCACCUGAAAAAGGAGCUUCUGCAGGGCGUGUACACCAUGGGCUUCAACAGGCCAUCGAAGAUCCAGGCUAAUGCUCUGCCCAUCCUGAUGGCGCAUCCACCCCAAAAUCUGAUUGCGCAGAGCCAGUCUGGGACGGGCAAAACAGCAGCGUUUGUCCUGGCCAUGCUGAGCAGAGUGAGAGGCACUGAGAGGUACCCGCAGUGCCUUUGUCUGGCUCCCACUUAUGAGCUGGCCCUGCAGAUUGGCCAUGUGGCAGAGAAGAUGGGGCGGUUCUGCAAUGACAUCAGGGUCACCUAUGCUGUGCAGGGCAACAGAGUGUCCCCAGGCACCGUGCUGGAGGAGCAGAUUGUCAUUGGCACGCCAGGCACCAUGCUGGACUGGUGCUUCAAGCGGAGACUGCUCAACAUGCGGAGGAUCUGCAUGUUUGUGCUGGAUGAGGCUGACAUCAUGAUUGACACGCAGGGAUUCUCCUCCCAGAGCAUCCGCAUCCAGAGGGCUCUCCCCAAGAACUGCCAGAUGCUGCUUUUCUCCGCCACCUUCAAGGAAAAUCUCUGGAAAUUUGCCCUGCAAAUUGUCUCCAGGCCCAUCAUCAUCAAGCUGCGACAGGAGGAGCUCACUCUGACCAACAUUAGGCAGUACUAUUUUGUCUGCAAGAACUGGGAGCAGAAGUAUGAGGCCCUCUGCAACCUCUAUGGCAGCAUCACCAUUGGCCAGGCCAUGAUCUUCUGCCAGACCCGCCGGAGUGCAGACUGGCUCUCGGUGAAGAUGAUUCAGGAUGGGCACCAAGUGGCCAUGCUGACAGCAGAGCUGUCCAUCGUGCAGAGAGCUGAUGUCAUCCAGAGGUUUCGUGAUGGCAAGGAGAAGGUUCUCAUCACCACCAAUGUCUGUGCGAGAGGGAUUGAUGUGGCCCAAGUCACGAUUGUGGUGAACUUCAGCCUUCCCGUCAACCGUCAGAAGCAACCAGAUUUUGAGACCUACUUGCACCGCAUCGGGCGCACAGGGCGCUUCGGGAAGAGGGGCAUUGCCUUCAAUAUGGUGGACAGCCACAGCACGCACCUCGUGCGCUGCAUCGAGGAGCAUUUCCAGACUAAGAUCAAGAGGCUGGACCCAGAUUGCAUGGACAAGCUUGAGGAGCUGGAAAACUGAGCAAAAAACAUGGCUUAGCUUCAAAGAACUCACGUUUUGGUUUAAAGUGUAUGGGAAAUCCAGGAGAAAAUCUCCCAGUUUUCUGAGUUCCUGGAGGUGCUUGGUUUGUUGAGACAUUUUAGAAGGAGAGUACGGGAAAAAACCCUCAGCCUAAAAAAAUUAUUCUGAUUGGUUUCUUUGGUGUUUUGGGGGAAGGAAUCUUGGUGUUUUGUGGAAAUGCUCCUUGAUUUUCGGGCAGUGUUUGCCUGUUUUGGGCACUGUUGCUCUGUUUGGGAUACUGCUGCCCUGUUCUGAGCUCUGUUCCUUGUUUUGAGGUGGUGGUUUGUGGUUCUGGGGCACUGUUUGUUGGCUGAGGGUACAAUUCCUUGUUUUGUUGGUUGUUGUUGUUGUUUUUUUCUCUGAAGGAAAUAAGUUUAAAGCAGACAAGUCCCAGUUCAGCCAUCUUGGUGUCUAAGAUUUGUGCAGAAAGUAGUCCUGAAGAGUGGAAGCACUGUUCUGGAAUGUGUUAAUUUCAAGGAGUGUGGAAACUCUGGGGAACCAAAAAACAGUUUAUUAAAGAUUAUAAACACGAGGGGAAAAUGCUAUUUUUUUUCCUAGUUUCUUUUUUUCCAUUUAAAUAAAAGAGUUUGGUGCUAAAUGA